UUUGCCGCAGACGAGCAGGAGGUGGGGUUUGGAGCUGGCAUCCGAGCAGAGGACGUGGAGCAUCAGUGGAGGAGGAGGAGGAGGAGGAGGAGGAAGGCGCUUUUCACUGCAGAGGGAUUGCGGCUGGAGAGAGCAGCGCUGGAGACCAAGGCCAGACUCAGAAAGCAUCAUGGACAAAAUAAAUUGCAUUUUGCUUACUGUCUUCAUUAUCAUAACAGUGUCUUGCAAUUAUGGCUACGCACUGCGGUGUUAUAACUGUGAGCAAAGCCCAUUCCUGUGUAGGGGGAAUGUCACUUGUCGUGAUGAUGAAGAUACAUGUUUACAAAUCAGAUUUGUAAAUUUGAGAACCUAUAGCUGCUGGAAAACGUCACGCUGCACGACACGUGAGGUUGCUGAGCACUUUAAUGCUGACAGUUUUAGAUUCCUUUGCUGCCACAGAGAUUUCUGCAACAACGCCCCAAGCAUCUUGCUCAGUUCGGCUCCCCUUGGUAUUUCUGCAGUGACUGCGAUUUGGAUGAAAUACCUGUAACACAGAGAUUAAAAGAAAUGUGUUCUCUGUAUAACACACCCACAUUUGAGUUGGUAUGUCUAUUGCAAUUGUUUGGAGAAAGGUCAACUUGUCUUAAAAAAAAAAGGUAAAGAUACAUUAGAGGAUAAGAGAAGGAAGACUGACAUGUUAAGUUUCUUCUUUAAAAAUAAGUAAUGCCGAAGUAUUUUAAAUAUACCAGUUAACCAGAAUAUGCACUCUUGUAUACAAAGAGCUUAUUUUCUACCAAAUAUUCUCAGUUAGUGAUGGUUUGAUAUAUUUUGAAACUGGUCAAUCUUAGAGCUUGUUACCCUAAUUUGUAACUUCAACAAAUUUUGAAACAGACUAGUAAUUAUUUCAAAGUAACAUUUAACUUUUCCAUUAUUUCAAUUCAAAAACGUUUUUAGUAAUUUUAAAACCAUUUCUAAAUAGUAACAAUUAACAAAUUAUCAAUCCUACCCAUUUUUAAAAAGUCUUUGAUGUUUUGAGGCUAAUGUGUUGAUGCUGCCCACCUCAAUGAUGUUUAUAUAGUAGCUAUUAGCCUGCUUUAAAUGACUCCUGUGAUAUCGAUGAAUAGAUAAGAUAGUUUUCUCAGUGCUACCAGAAAUUCAUAUUUGUACUAGUGGGAAAGGCAAUUUCCAUUCUGUAUGAUAAGCCACCACAAAGAAGUGGCAUGUAACAUACACUUAGCCACCCCAGAGUAUGGCCUUUAAUUUAAAGCAACCUCUUCUUAACAAAGGGACGAAAAUAAUGCUUCCUCAUUAUUGGCUAUGUUACUUAGGACUCCUGAAAAUUUAACUCCAGUUUAACAUCUGGAGGUCACAUGAUUCCCUUCCCUGACUUAAUGGCUAUGAUCUGUAAGUCAUUCUUACGAGUGUGGUAUUUUUCAUCUAUAGGGCUUUGAAGACAACAGAUGAGUACUGGCCAAUAAGAUCAAAGACAAGUUAACAAUAACAUGUCAUCCUGAGUGACUGCAUUCAAAGCUCACUAACAGAGACAACCAUCUGCAAUGGUUGGAAUUCGUUUUAUUCAAAAUCCAUUGUUAAUUAAUGUGUAGCCUACAGUGGAUAUAAAAAGAACCUACAUGAAUGAUACUGAAGGCCUAUGUUGUCCUAUAUUCACUUUCCGCAGAGCCAGUCAGAUGUCUAUGCGAAGCCCAUAAGCAGGACAUGAGUGCAAAGCACCUUCCAGCUCAUGUCCCCCAACAACUAAAUUUGUCUAAUCUCCUUUUAAAUCCAUGCACGUUGAUGAGCAUUGCUACAUCCUGGGGUAGUGAAUUAGGUCAUCCAACUUUGUACUACGUGAAGAGCUGAGACAGUCCUAGAGUGCAGACAGGGACAGCCGGCACUAGCACAACAGCCCCUCACCACUCCUUGUUACAAUCCAGUUAUACAGCUAAUAAAUGAAUAACACACUUGUUUCACCUAACAAGUGUAGUACACCCAUUGCUA